UUGUGUUGCAGUGAACGUUAUUUUUGCAAAAUGUCCGGUGAUCAAGCGAGCGACCCCGCCGUGGACAAUUUGCGAAAUUACCUGAGGAUCCGUAGCGUACAUCCCAACGUUAAUUACGAUGAAUGUAUUGAAUACCUCAAGAACCAAGCCAAGAGUCUGGACCUCCCGGUGCAGGUAUUUGAAUGUGUGCCCAAGAAGCCGAUCCUGGUGAUGACCUGGACUGGAGAGCAACCCUCGCUGCCCAGCGUCAUGUUAAAUUCUCACAUGGACGUCGUUCCAGUGUUUGAGGCAAGCUGGACUCAUCCUCCAUUCGCAGCGGAGAUACAAGACGGCGCUAUCUACGGGCGCGGAGUCCAGGACAUGAAGUCAGUCGCGAUCCAGUACAUCGAAGCCGUGAGGAGACUGAAGAGUAAAGGCAUCAAGCUGAAGAGAACUAUCCAUUUGUCUUUUGUUCCGGAUGAAGAGAUCGGCGGCCUCUUGGGCAUGGAAGAGUUCGUGAAGACUGAAGCUUUCAAAAAUCUGAACGUUGGUUUCGCCUUGGAUGAGGGCAUCGCUUGCGCCUCCGAUGAUUACCUCGUCUUCUAUGGAGAGAGGACUAUUUGGCAUGUGAACAUUUUUUGUCCCGGCAAGUCCGGUCAUGGAUCGCUCCUACUCCCGGACAAUUGUGGCGAAAAGUUACGUUACAUGAUUGACAAAUUUAUGGAUUUGCGAGCAGAAUCUAAGAAGAAACUAGCCGAAAACCCAGAUUUGGCGAUCGGUGAUGUCACCAGCAUCAACUUCACCAUGGUAUCUGGCGGCAUCCAGAACAAUGUCAUCCCACAGAGUAUGAGCGCUAGUUUUGAUCUACGACUUGCACUUAACGUAGACUUGGAAGCCUUCGAACAAAUGAUCGCGCGUUGGUGCACGGAAGCCGGUGCUGGAGUCACGUAUUCCUUUAGUCAGAAAGAUCCUUACACUCCGUCUACUAAACUGGAUGACUCUAAUCCUUUCUGGAUCGCUUUUAAAAAUGCCGCUGAUAAUCUGCAUAUAUCCUUGAAACCCCAAGUGUUCCCUGGUGGGACCGAUAGCAGAUACCUUCGCUUCAUCGGCAUUCCAGCGCUGGGCUUCUCCCCCAUGUCUAACACGACGCCUGGUCUGCAUGAGCACGACGAACAUCUCAGCAUCGAGACUUUCCUACGCGGCAUCACCAUCUACGAAUCCCUCAUACCCGCUGUAGCUAAUGUUGGCUAAAUAAAUAGCAAAUUCGGACUAUAAAAUAUGUCUAUAAGUCAAAGCCUAAAUAUUUUGUCUAACUAGUUUUAUAUACUGUUUCAAAUAUCAACAGCGUUUGUGUAUUUAUAAUUUUACCUUUCCACCUGAAUACUCAAUUUUUUCACAAUCUAGAUAACCUAUUUUUUUUAAUAAACUAUAUAUUCUUAUAUUUAAAA